AUGUCUGAAAAGCAGGACCCCCAGACCUCUGAAGCGGCAUGCAGUGCAGCGGACUUGCCGGCAUUUGAAGAUGAAGAAAGUUGGCUUUUCAAAGUUCUGGGAAUCAUGCCUAAGUCUUCCUCAGCACUGGAUGAUAAGACCGAUGAGCAGGAGCAUGAACCAUUGGAUCAACCUGAGUUUCUUCACCUGCAAGAUAUUCUUCAAGAGGACAAAGUCAACAGCACUGAUGAUAGCAAGACUUGCCAAACUGUAAAUGAUGAUGAUGAUGAUUCCAGCAACAGUGACAGCGACACUGAAGAUAAUGUGAAGGUUAUCAUUGGCAACAUAAAGACCAACCCCGCCAUGUAUAUGGAGAUGCUCACUAAUCUGAACUCCUCGCAAGCUGACCGAGGCCGGGAAAUCACUAAACCAGGCCCUCCCAGGGUCAACACUGGGAGCCUCAUCUGCAAUGUAGGGGUUGGUGGGCCAGCUCCAGCAGCUGGAGCUCCCCUACCUGGUGGUCCUGCCCCAGCUGAGGAGAAGAAAGUGGAAGCAAAGAAGGAAGAAUCUGAGGAGUCUGAUGAUGGCACAGACUUUGGUCUUUCUGACUAA